UCACAUGCUCCUCUCUCCUCUGCUUCCCCACAAAAAGAGAAGAUUUGUUACUUAGCUACUCCUAAAUUCCAACUUAAAAAUAAUAAAUGAUCGCUCGAUCAGUUCAUCUCUAGCUCCUACGCUUUUUGCACAAUGAAAGCCAUGAAAAUGAAGCUUGAAUCUUCUCUCAUCACGCUCCUCUGCUUCAUCUCCCUCGCCUUUCUUCCCUCUUUCGUCUCACCCCAAUCCUGCAAAAAAACCUGCGGCGACCAAUUAAUCAGGUACCCAUUUGGCAGCGGCCCUGGGUGUGGCGACCCCCGAUUUCAGAAGUAUAUAACAUGCAACCAACAGAAGCUCAGCAUGACGACUCAUACCGGCUCUUACCCUGUAAACGCCAUUGACUACGACAACCAGGUCAUCUACAUUCAAGACCCCACCAUGUCAACAUGCUCGUCUACCCAUUCGAGCAAAGGCUUUGGCCUAGACUGGGAUGCCCCAUUUGUAUUCCACGACGACAAUGUCUUCGCCCUCCUUGAUUGCUCCACAUCUUCAUCGCCACUCUACAAAUCCAGCAGCCUCUUUAAUGGCGGUAACAGCUCUGAAAUCCCACUCUGCGAUAACGAGGGCGCGCCCUUCUGCAGCCUCCUCUAUUCCUGCCCUGAAAUCAGCACGCUUAACCUGCCAAUCUCAACAUGUUGUGUUUAUACUCCGGUCGAUCUCGGGCCAGUUUUUAAAAUAGACCUACAGAGGCUGCAAUGCACUUCUUACACUGCUGUUUACAGCUUUAAUGGCCAACAGUCCAAUCCCGAGAGUUGGAACUAUGGCGUGGCUCUGAAGUACCGGUUUAAUGUCAACAACGACUAUCCGAGAGAGUGUAGCACCUGCGAGAGGAGCAAUGGAGUUUGUGGGUACACUGGUUUCUUUAAUUCUUUCAUCUGUAGCUGCAUCACUGGGGUCAAUACUACGACGGAUUGCUAUUUCGAAGCGUACUGGAGCAAUGGUAUAAGGCUCAACCCACCACAGAUUGGGAUUUGGUUGAUUAUUUCUUUGGUAUGGCUUCUAAUUUGGGCCGUGCGGCCUUGUGCAUUCUGUAGAUCAGUAGAUGCAAAUCCCAAGUACAAAGUGAACUAGAAAAGUGAAUCCCUGGUGUUUUAUCUUGUUCUGUUUGUUUGUUGUCGAUGAUCAACAAUUCAACAUAUCAGUCCCAAAAUGAGAAUUCAAUACCUUUUCAUAUAUAGUUAAUUGUCUUGGAGAAGUUGGUUGCAGAUGGUUUUGCACGUAUGUGAGUGGAGCAAGAUGUAGAGGAGCCAAGAAGUAUGAAGAUAGCACUACCAACUCAAAUGAGUCAAUUACCAUUAUUUUGGCAUCUUCCCAGGUCUUAAGUCUGUUCUAUUGUACUGUUAAUACUGUGUUCUGUGAUUGAGAACUGUAGCAAGGAAA